ACCUCUUUGUCACCUUGUAGGUACAGGGGAUCAACGCAGGCUUACAUUUGGCAACUCUGGUGAGUUGUUGACAUUAAAUUCGAUGACAUUAAAUUCGAAGAAGGAAGCUCCAAAAUCGAAACCUGACCACUUUAAAACACGAGCUUACAACCGCUUUUGACUGCCGUUGUGCACAACAUGUUCAAUUCAGCACUUUCACCGUUGAUAAAUAGAUACUUGACUGCAUAAUGUAUUGAUGAGUUUCUCCCUGCGAUCGAUUGAAUAUAGUAAAGGACGUGUCUGCAAUGAAGAGACAAAAAGUAUCCAACUCGGACCUGGAUUUAUAUUUGAGAAAGAUACUUCAAAAUAAAGAAUACUCACUGAAUGCUGUUAACAACUAUGGAGACAGUCUAUUGCAUCUAAGCGCAGCUAACGGCUGCACAGAAUCAAUAAGGACUAUUUUUAAAAAAAAUCCUCAUUGCAACAUUGAUAGAAAGAAUAAGUUCGGCUGGACCCCUUUGAUGCAGGCUAUUCGGGCCAACAAACUUCAAACAGUUGAAGUGCUUAUAGAAUAUGGCGCUGAUUUAACUCAGAGGAACUAUUUGGGCACCUCAAUACUCACGCUGGCUGCUGGAAUAAGCCACGAGAUGUUUGAAGUAAUCUAUAAAGCUCACCCUUCGAUGCUAGCAAAUUCAGUACAUGAUGAUGUUACACCACUAUGCGUUGCUGCUACAAGAAACGACAAGAAGCUAUUUUUCAAGCUCUUGAGUUUGGGAAUGAAAAUAGAAGAUGAAAGUAUAUACACUCAUCUAGUGAUGCAGCAGUCUACAAUUCCAGAAAUCCGAGCCCUAGCUAAAUCACAAUGUGAUGUAAAUAACUAUUGGAACAAUACAUCAGAUAAUAUCCCGAUUAGAAGAGAAUCAGGAAGCACAGAUGAUGACUACUAUUGUGACAAAAUCUCUACUGAUAAUAAAAGUUCAGGGCUUGCUCCAAGAUCGAGUACAAGUAUUUCAUCAGAGGAAAGAAAUCUAAAAUUGAAAUCAGAACUUGUGAAUGAUGAAGUAAUGACAAAAGAAGUGAAACCGCCAAAUCUUAAUUUGCUUUAUGUGAAAGAGCUUUAUUUUCAAAAUAAAGCCGUGAUAUCUCCAAACUUACUUUACAAUUUAGACUCAUGGUUUUCUAAGUCACCAAACCUCAUAUCGGCUUCAAGUCCAGUCCAAAAGCCGACAAAGAAAGCAGAUUGCAUAUUCUAUCGUCCUAAACAAAAAGAACGCAGCAUCUUCACAUUUGAUAAACCACUUGAUAGCCAUACGCUAGCACUUCCGCUCCAGAGAACGCGUAAUAUUCAUUCGUUGACUUCCAAGAUCGCUGAUCAUUCAAAAACGGACCAAAUCAACCUCACCUUUGAACCACAAUUCAGUCCUGCUCGAUCUCCUUGUUUGCCAUUAGAUUUCGAGGAUGAAGAUGUCUGUGGAGAGGAUACACCCACACCCCCACACUAUAAAACGCCACCUCGUGGAAUGGUUCUUAAUUCAGAACAGGCCAAACUUGUUACAGUAUUGAAACAAUUUGACUUGGCUCAUCAUAUCUCAACAUUCUUAGCAGAAGAGGUCGAUAUGAGCUUAUUUCUAACUUUGAAUGACCAGGACCUAAUAGAGAUUGGAAUAGUAAGUGAGCGGGAUAGAAAAGCACUGUUAACAGUGGUUGAUGCUUAUACGAAACACGAAAAAUAGUAAAUACGGCUGGAAACGAUAUGAACUUUGACGACAGAGAUCGAUGAACAGAUAUUCGAAUGAAUAAAAGAUGAUGGUUUUCAUACGAGUCAACAUUUACUGACCAUAUUUUUCCAGUAUUCCUUCAGUUGUUGGUAGCUGCUGAAGGAACAAGUUUGUGGAAUUUUUUUGGAUAUGGAUAUUACUUUUCCUUUCUUGAAGCUGGAGAAGAAUGAGGUCAUUAAAUUUUUAAAAACAAGCACAGAUAUUUCAAUCAUGAGAAACAAAUAAUGGUUGUUACCUAGGUAAAACGUGGACCCAUACUUGUGAUUCUGAUUCUGAUCCGUUGAGAUCAAUAAAGCCAUUCUCGUUUUCCAUAAAAUUUUCAAUUACUUUCAAAGAUAAUGAAAAAUAUCUCAACGACAAUUCAGGAACACGGAUACAGAGUGGUGAUAUAAAAAAACAUGGCUUCGUAUCUGUUCAAAGAAUUAUAUUGGUCAAUGA